AUGGAUAGCGUCAAAAAAAGAUUCAGUAGCAUUCAGUCGCUGAAGUCGAAUCGAGAAGAAGCGAGUCCGCGAGACUCGGGAGAGACGACAGAAGAAGUUUAUAAUGGGUUAUCGCCCGAGUUGGUGCCAAUCGUAACGUUGUUGUCUUCACAGGCUCAUCGGAGAUACUACGAGGGUAUCAUUAUGCUUUACUAUGAUUUGAAUGGUGAUGGAAAGCCAGCAGAUAGAGAAUGGAGGGAGGUUUAUGGUAUUUUUACGGGGAACCAAUUGGCAUACUGGGAUGCGGCACACUUGGCGGCGUUCAGGAAUAGUCCUGAAGCGUUGUUGGAAACGUCGUCGAAGCCUAAUUAUAUCAACUUUACGGAUUCGGUGUACAACGCGAUGAAGUCAUUGCCGGCAGCUAAAAGAAACUUGGACAAUGUUAUCAUUGUAUCCACCACGUUGAAAAAUAGAUACAUUAUGCAGUUUAAGACGUAUCUGGAUUUGCAGCAUUGGUACUUGGCCUUGAGGUUGGCUAGCUAUGAAUACCAGUCGUUACAAGAAGCCUACACUGGUGCCUUGUUGUCAGCAAGAGGGUCAAGGUUGUCGGACAUCCGUACUAUUUUAGCAGAGAAAAGGUUUGACCACGAAGACUGGGUGAGUAUCAGAUACGGUUCGGGUAUGGCGUGGAAGAGGUGUUAUGCGGUGAUUGAACCGUCGAUAUUGAAAAAAAAGAGUUUCAAGCCUGGGAGAAUUUUGUUUUAUGAAUCUGAGCAGAAGAAGAAAAAACAAUUGAUGGCAGUAGUGGUGGGUGCUAGUAGCGUCACUGCAACUUAUCCCCAAUCCCAUUUGUUGAUUGACCAUAGUACCAUGUUGAAAGUCGAAGCAUCGAUUAAUUUUAAGUCACCUUCUUUAUCUACUAAGAUUUCGAAGCAAGCAAGGGAAGAUUUCAAGAACACAUCAAUAUUUUUGAUGCCUGAGCAACAUUCAUCUGUUCCAGGUUUCGAUACGUUGAUCAGAUUCAUGGUGCCAUUGUUAGAUUCGUUUGGGUUAUAUGGUAGACCCAAAAGAUUAAAGGCUGAUAGAAUUGAUCCAGAUUCUUUGUUAUUUGGCUUGCCAACCUUACCUCAUGUCCAUUAUCUUGAAUUGGGUGAUUUACUUCCAUUCACUGCUAGGGGGGAUUUCUUGUCGUGGGAUGUGAAACAAUGGUCUUCGAGCUUAAAGGAUAUCAUGAGAGGAAAGUUAAGUCAAGGUUAUGAAGGUUGUGGUAGUUCUAGAGGGGUUGUGGGUGCAAUAAAUUCAUUGAACAGCCCUACGCUGUCUGAUCACAAAAUUCCAACCCCUCCACCUAAGGAUUCUCGAAGACAAGUUCCCCAACAGCAGAAAUAUCAACAACCUCCAGCCCCAUCUCAGCUGCAACAUCAGUCUCAACCUCAGCCUCAGCCUCAACAUCGUAAGGCUCCAAAUCAAAGUCAACAGCCUGAUCCUUACCAAACUCGUGUUGCGCCAAAUGCUAGGAAUGUUAACAACUUGACAAUUAAUCCCAAUGCUGACAAGCAAGCACUUGCGAUACCAACUGAUAUGGAAGGCUCUCGUCAUCAAAAUCCUGAUGGACAUCGUUCGACUCAGUUAGCAGAAAUAUAUCAGAAAUAUGCUACGAUUAAAAGCCCUUCUGAUCAAUUUCAUAACGAUAGAAAUCAAUUAUUGAAUGGAUCGGCUGAAGACUUCGAUGAAGGUGAAAUGCCAGAUGUCAUUCAAAAGCUUACGUUGAACGAUGCUGAUGCAAUGUAUCCCGCAAAUGACGAUAAUUUAUUCAGUGAUGAAAAUGAUGAUGAAACUGAAGAUAGUGAAGAUGAAUCAACGCCAAAACAAGUAGCUACAAUUCCUCAAAUCAAUUUGAACGGCAGCUUAGCAUUACCUCAAUAUCAGGAUAGAAACAGCAGCUACUCUUCUGUUAAAUCUCCAAUGACUCAGUACAAUGAGUUUAAUGAACAAUUUAAGCUGAACGUUGUUGAUAGAAAUACUGAUUCUAAGCAUUCUGCAUAUCCAGACACAGACAAUAAUUCUAGUUCGGAUUCUGAUAUUCCUGUUCCUCCACCUCAUGAACUGAAGCCUAGUACCAAUUUAACAAAAUCCAAGCCUUCCUAUAACUUACCUCAAAGUAUUAAUACUGUUCCUCACGGUGCUACAACCCCACGAGCAACAAAAGGUGAUCGUUUAUCUAUACAUUCAGAAGCAGGAAAUGUUACUAGCGUUAACUCUUCACCUUACUCAAAUGAAUCAGGAGAAGACAAGAAAGGUUAUGCUCCGGCUCAUCAUCAACCACAUUCUGAGCCUCAACAGACUUCUCAAUACCCUAAUCAACCUAGACAUGAUUAUUCACGUAAUCACCCUCAAAAUCCACAAGUACAAAAUCAGUACUCAUCCCAGCUGGCGCUAGCUCCUGGUCCUCAAGCGCACACAUUAGCUCCAAGCAAGGGUUAUAAACAACCACCUGUUCCAGCUCCUGUGCAAGCUCAGCUUGAUCCUCAAGUCCAUAAAGGAAGACACGCAUAUGGCCCCAAAGGACAGGUGAAUAAGGUGCCACAAGCUCCUCCUCAGCAGCAGGCAUACCCACAAUCGUUACAAUUUGGAUAUCAGCCUCAACCUCAGUCCCAGCCUCAGCCUCAACCUCAUCCUCAACCUCCUCAUCCUCAACAUCAACAUCAACCUCAUCGUCAUCCUCAUCACGCCAGUGGUAAGCCCAGAACGAUGCCGCCAUCGAACCAGUAUCGCGGAGGUCAUGCGGGAGAAGCGCCUAUGCCCCAACAACAGGGAUAUCCACGUCAGCAAAAUCAUGAUGGGAUUCCACCAUCAGUGAGUUUUAAUAAUUCAUCUCAUCAACAAAAACCUGGCCCAUCGUAUGGCCAACCUUAUGGCAAUCGUAUCCAUGUUCCGCAAACUGGAGCACCCCAGCCCAUGGGUCUGCAACAAGUACCAUUUCAGCAACAGCGCAAUUAUUCUAACGGAUAUAUUCCAAGACAUAAUAAUCCACCUAAUCAACAGCAAUACCCGCAAAAUACAGCUGGUGUGAGUGCUAAUCCUGCUUCUUAUCAGAAUCAAGCAAGUAGUGGUAUCCCGCCAUCUGCAAUGAAUCGCGGGCCUUAUUCGAACCAAAAUCAGGAACAAUAUCAGUGUGGGCAACCAAGACCAUACUGA